AUGAGGAGGCUAAGAUGUUCUUGGAGCUGCGUGAAACCCCUAAUCAUCAUCCUCACGCCACUGUCAUUGCUACCGCUGCCAUUGGUCAUCAAGAAAAAGGAAGCAGAAUGUGCAUACAUCCUGAUAAUAAUGGCUGUUUACUGGAUGACAGAGGUCUUGCCUUUGUCCGUAACAGCCUUACUCCCUGCCCUACUUUUCCCUCUGUUUGGAAUCAUGAAGUCCUCCCAGGUUGCAUCCGUGUAUUUUAAAGACUUCCAUUUGUUGCUGCUUGGAGUCAUUUGCCUUGCAACUGCCAUUGAGAAGUGGGGUCUUCACCGAAGAAUUGCUCUCAGAUUGGUUACUGCGAUUGGAGUCAACCCUGGCAUGUUGAUGUUGGGGUUCAUGGUUGGCUGUGCUUUCCUGUCCAUGUGGUUGAGCAAUACUUCAACUGUGGCUAUGGUGAUGCCAAUUGUGGAAGCUGUGAUACAGCAGGUAAUGGAUGCAGGAGAAGAGUCCAGCAAAGACCACAAGGGGGAGUUAAAUGGCAUCGACAACCCUGCCCUACAGCUUGAAGGUAAUAAAAAUACAUGCAAAAUCCCACAUCCUGCUAUAAUUUAUAUAUACUGUAUAUAUAAAUCCAUGCUACUGGAUGUUUGUUAGACACCAACUCAACAGUCAAAUGGAAAAUACAGGACCCGUGAAGAUCACAUGAUGUGCAAAGGCUUGUCUCUUUGCAUUGCCUACUCCUCAUCCAUUGGAGGGUUGACCACCCUGCCUGGGACCUCUGCAAACCUCAUCUUUUCAGAAUAUAUUUAUCAGUACUAUCCAGAAUGCAAGACCAUUAAUUUUGGGAACUGGUUUUUGCUUUGUCUUCCCAUCUGCAUAAUUAUGCUUGUUUUGUCGUGGAUAUUCCUGCACUGGAUGUUCCUUGGAACCAACUUUCGUGCCAGUCUGUGCUCCAGAGAACAGUCAGAGAUGGAAAAAAACACUGCCAAAUUGCUGAAGAAUCAGUACAAGUCACUGGGGCCCAUAAGACCCCAGGAGAUUAUCAUCUUGGUUAUCUUCAUUCUGAUGGCCAUUUUAUGGUUCGUGCGAGAGCCAGGUUUCAUGCCAGGCUGGUCAUCACUGUUCCCUGAUUACAAAGGCUAUGCUACCGAUGCCACUGUAGCACUGUUGCUGGGUGUAAUGUUUUUUAUCAUCCCCUCACACAAACCAAAUGCAGAUCGCUAUGAUGCCUUGAUAACGUGGAAGGACUUUCAGGCCUGCAUGCCAUGGGAGAUCUGUCUCCUUGUGGGUGGAGGUUUUGCUUUGGCUGAAGGCACAAAGAUUUCUGGUUUAUCAUCUUGGGUAGCUGAUUUGCUGACCCCUUUGGGAAAUCUUCCUCCUUUAGCCACCGUCACCAUCGCCUGCCUUAUUGUCACCUCUAUCACAGAGGUGGCCAGCAAUGCGGCCACAAUCACAAUCUUUAUGCCUAUAUUGGCACCCUUGGCCGAGGCAAUUGGAGUGAACCCUCUGUACAUGCUGAUUCCCACAGCCCUCAGUGUUUCUUUUUCCUUUCUGCUUCCAGUUUCUAAUCCUCCUAAUGCCAUUGUCUUCACUUAUGGCCAUCUUUCAAGCAUGGACAUGGUGAAGGCUGGGCUAGGCGUUAACCUUAUAGGUGUCCUUACAGUCAUAUUAGCCCUCACAACAUGGGGAACGCCUCUGCUUAACCUGGACACAUACCCUGACUGGGCACCAGUGAGAAAUGUCACUGGAGUAUGA